CAGUAAUCGAAGCCUGUGCAUUGACUGAAGAUUUUAAAAUUCUGAAUGCUGCUGAUGAAACUGAAAUUGGCGAGAAGGUAAACUGAAAUUUAAUGUUUAUUUGAGAUAAAACUAAAGUUGAUAAUUGCUGCAUUUUUUUCACUUAUGUUGGGGCUAAUUACAUUAUUUAUAUGAUCUAUGAUAUUCAAUAAUAAUAUGAUUACCUAAAAAAAUGUGAGAGUUUUGAAUUUUUUAUAUCAUUACAAUCUUCACUUAGCAAACUUGACUUUCUAAAGAAACAGGAGCUGUCUUCAGUCCAUUUUUAUUUCAUUCAGUUAUCUGCUACUACUGAUGGAUGAGACAAUGGCCAAGUAACACUACUUCUGUCUACUCGUUGUUUCUGAUGUCAUUGUCAGAUUUCUUUUCCUCAGAUCUCUUCCUCGGUUCUUCUGCAAACAGGUUUCUUAGGGUCUAAUACGGUGAAUUUUUCCACUGGUCUGUCCAUUUUAGUCCAAUGGUGUUCUAAGAAUAUCACAAGUUUUCAGGCAGCACAGUUACGGAAGAUGUUGAGGCUCAGAAACAAUCAGCAUAUGGGCUUUCACUCCAGCUUAUUUAUGUCCAUGUCAAUGGUUAGCUCCCUUAGCCAUUCAUUUUUACCAAGUCACUUUCAACUUUCAACUUAGUGAUCAUUUUCAUCCUAUAGCUGAAAGGGUUUGGACUGAGCUUGAUUUAAAAUCUGGUCCUUCUGUACAAAUCAUAAGUCAAGUGAUCGGAUAAUAAGGGUAAGAAAUAAAAACUUUCUUUAAAAACAAAAGGAAACUUACUGUAAAUAAGAAAAUUAUUCAAAUUAUCAUUCCAAUAUUUUUCCAGGGAAUCAAUCUGUCAGGUGGUCAGAAACAACGAAUUUCACUGGCCAGAGCUCUAUAUAAUGAUGCUGACAUUUAUCUUUUGGAUGACCCACUUAGUUCAGUAGAUGCUCAUGUUGGAAAGCACAUCUUCAAUCAAGUUUUGGGCUCCAAAAGUCUUCUUAAAGACAAGGUUUUUAAAUUCCCUAAUAAAUUGACAUAUUGAACAAAACUAGUGGCAUUAUAUAAAAAAUUUUGGCUAAAAAAUACUUAACUUGAUUAAGUAAUGGUUAGCGUGUGUUCAUUGUUCUUUUUUUUUUUACCUUUUUUAAAAAACAAUACAUUGUUUUUAUGUUAAAACUGUUCUUUUAGACACGAAUUCUGGUGACUCAUGGAAUUCACUGGCUUCCAUUUGUGGAUGAAAUCAUUGUCAUGAGAGAUGGGAAAAUUUGUGAGACAGGAACAUAUGAAAAACUCUUGUAUAAUGAUGGAGACUUUGCUCAGUUUCUCAGGGAGAGCUUUAAACAGUCUUCUGGAAAAAGUUCAGUUCAAG